GAGAAUCUUAAAAAAAAGAAAAGAUAUCGCUUUCGUAGUCCGUUGUUUUGUUCGUUACAAAAGUAGGAAUUUUAUAAAAAUAUUACAACCUUUUAUUCACUAUUUAUAACAUAGAAACAUUAAGACUUUUUGCAUCAUGUCAAUUCAACAAUAACGUAGUUGUAAUAAAAUUUAUCUUACUUUUGGUGCUAGUCCCAAGUGUCAAUAAUGUUCAAUCCAGAUAUUAACGAUUAUCAAUUGACUUCGAUUAUAACCGAGUGUUGUGGUGGUGUUGCUGUAGUUUAUUCAGCUUUGUAUAAGCCCAGUAAUCAAAAUGUCGCCCUCAAAAGAUACUUCGUAGAUAAAACUAAGGAGAAAGCCACCUUGAUCCAGCAAGACAUUAUGACGAGAAAAGAACUACAGCACCAAAACAUCUUACCUUAUUUGACCUCUUUUGUGAACGGCCGAGAGCUCUAUGUGGUCUCACCGUUGAUGACGUUUGGUUCAUGUCGUGAUAUCCUCGACCGCUACUUUCAUGAAGGACUGCCAGAACUUGCAUGUGCCAUAAUAUUGAGAGACGUUUUGCUGGCCCUCCAAUAUCUUCACAAGCAAAUGUUUAUUCACAGGAGUGUCCGCGCGAGUCACGUGCUAGUAGGAGCAGACGGGUCGUCUCGCCUGUCGGGCCUGCGCAGCGCGGCGAGUGUGGCGGUGCGCGGUCGACGCGCUCGUCUGCACCGCCUGCCGCCACCAGACCACGACAACGCGAACCUUAUGUGGCUCAGCCCUGAACUACUCGAACAGAAUCUCAAAGGCUACGACGAACGUUCGGACAUAUACUCGUUGGGGGUGCUGUGCUGCGAGCUGGCCAAUGGUGCAGUUCCAUUCGCUGAAGUCCCCACUACGUUAAUGUUCACUGAGAAGGUUAAAGGAAGCAGACCGCAGCUUCUGGACUGCUCUACCUUUCCAGAACCUUGCCUCGACGAUGGAGAAAUGAAAAGUAUGUAUAACACUGAUAGUGGCGUAGGUGAUACCGCAGACGGUGUGACAAGAUUACGUCAAGUGUAUGCGACGAGGAAGCUCACCGACUCAUUCCAUCAUCUCAGCGAGAUGGCGCUACAGAGAGACCCAGAGAAAAGGCCGACAGCGACCCAGCUAUUGAAUCACUUGUUCCUCAAGCAGAUCCGGAAGACGGACUACCUGCCAGGACUUAUCGGCCGAGUGAAGCCGAUCAAACCCGACCCUAACGACAUGUCAGCGCUUCUGCUACAACAGAAAAUGUCAGAGAUGGACAUUGAAAAGACAACGGAAUGGGAUUUCUAGCUGUAAUAAAGCACUAGUGUUGCCAAGAAUAAUCCCCCAGUGCCUCUACGUUCGUGUCACCAACAUCGAUGUAUUUUGUGUAUAGAAUGAUUCCGUACAUUAUUGUAACAUAGAAAAUUUAGAUGCUGAAAAUGUUAUUAAUAAACUGAUAAUUGUUAAA